UGCAUGAAUACAACAUAGGCUUAGUGUGUUUGUAAACAAAUUAGUAAAUAAAAUAAAUUUAUGGAAUUUUCGUUGGUCACUACAAUAAAAUGAUGAACGAUGAGAGUGGAUCAAGUUUGAAUACAGAAGAUGUAAGCGAAUCGAAUAUAUUGUUCGAUGAAUCCGUGCUGCAGUUGAUGGACGAUCCAUUUCAGUCAAAAGUAGAUUCAUCGAAACUACGUACCGAUCAAAACUACAAUGGAUUCGAUUCAACAAUGGGAAAUACAUGGAUCUAUCCAACAAACUAUCCACUUCGACAGUAUCAAUACAACAUCUCCCGCGCGUCACUUUUUAAAAAUACGCUAGUUAUUUUACCUACCGGGCUUGGCAAGACUUUUAUCGCAUCAGUUGUUAUGUACAAUAUUUACCGAUGGUAUCCGAGGGGAAAGAUAAUUUUCAUGGCACCAACUAGACCUCUAGUGGCCCAACAAAUUCAUGCGUGCUAUCAAGUUAUGGGCUUUCCAAAAGAUGAAACGAUUGAAUUGACUGGACGACAAAGCAAAAAGCUUCGAGCCACUGCUUGGCAUAGUAAACGGGUGUUCUAUUGUACUCCGCAAGUUGUGUGGUCUGAUUUGAAUGAUGCUGAAAUUAAUUUUCCAAUCAACGACAUCAAACUUAUUGUAGUUGACGAAGCUCACAAGGCAAGAGGGAAAUAUGCCUACACAGAGGUGGUGCAAUCAAUAUGGUCACGCAAUAAAUUAUUCAGGGUAUUGGCAUUAUCAGCCACACCUGGACGAUCCUUGCAAGAUGUGUCUGAGGUCAUUCAAAAUCUUUUAAUUUCAAAUAUUGAAGUCCGGCGCGAAACAUCAAUUGACGUAGCUCCUUUUACAUUCAAAAAGAGUAUAAAAACGAUUGUUGUACCGCUAGACGAUCGACUCAAGAAAAUUCGGCUUGGUUUGUAUAAUUUGGUUGAACCAUAUGUUUCGAAUUUAAUUCAGCAACAAGUGAUUGGUGGUCAUCUUGAAAAUUUAACGAAAGCCUGGUUGCUUUUUGACCGGAAUAAAUUUCGUGAAAGUACAUUGAUGAAUCGACAUCCAGAACAAUCAAAUAUCAGUAGUGACUUCAGUGUGUGCAUUAGCAUUUAUCAUACAAUUGAAUUGCUUGAGCGGCACGGUCUUCGAGUUUUCUUAAACUACUUUAAUGACGAAAAUUCUGAUAUUAAUGCUGAGGAAAAAUCAAAUUUUAUCAUGAGAGAUCACAAUAUCAAGCGAUUCAUUUAUGAGAUUCGAUCAGAGUCAGGCAUAGCUCCAAUAAACAAUCUUGAUAUCUCAUUUCAAGCAAAUGCCCCAAGUUUUGACUUGGAAACAACGAUCGACUAUGGACAUCCAAAAUUUGAAAUUUUACAAAAUUGUUUGUUGGACCAUUUUAAGGAGAGUUCCGACACAAAAGCCAUUGUAUUUUGUGAAUAUCGUGAAUCAGUGUUCCUUAUCAAUCACAUGCUUAUAAGAAAUGGACCCUUAAUAAAACCAAAAGUUUUUGUUGGUCAAGGGUCAUCGCACAAUAGAACCAUCACACAGAAAGAGCAAAUCGCCAUCAUGAAUGAUUUUCGGAUGGGAAAAUGUAAUACAUUGAUCGCUACAUGUGUUGCUGAAGAGGGUAUUGAUGUUGGUGAAGUAGACUUUAUCAUUUGUUUUGAUGUAAAUAAUAAAAAUCCAAUCCGAUUUAUCCAACGGAUUGGUCGAACUGGACGAAAGCGACAAGGAAAAGUAGCAAUGCUCGUAACAGAGGGAAAAGAACAAAACAUUUUGAGAGAUAUACUUGCCACCAAAGAUGGAAUUAAUCAAAAAAUUGGAAAAAGUAAUGAAAUCAAAAGUGUGCUAUAUAAAAAUUGUCCGCGUUUGAUUCCACCUGAGUUCAAUCCUCGAUGCAUCGAAACAUUCAUUGACAUAAAAAAUACACAAGAAUCACCACUGCCUUUACGAAAAAAGGAAUCAAAGUCAAAGAACAACACAAAAAAACCGAAAAAUAAUGCCAUCCCAGAAAAAACCGGCACCUUGAAAGCAUUUUUCAAGCCAAUUGAAAUCGAUGACGAAUUGGAGGAAAAUUUUGAUUUGUCAUCUUACCGCAGUGAUAAUAAUGAUAAUAGUACAGAAAAUAAGAACAGCUCGCUUAAACAUAUGGAGAAAAUUAAUGAUAAGAAUAAUUCAUGUGAAGAUGAAAGUGAUGUACAAAAUAGAAUUAACGACGACGAUGUGCCUUUAGAUGUUAAAUUGCAAAAAGUGUAUAGCGCCUAUAUUACGAUUAAAAAAAGUCGUGCCAAAUGGAAUGGUUUUGGUGAGAAAUUGUCAAGAAAACCCAUAAAUAAUGAACAUUUGCCAGAUGCCAUUGCCGAUUUCAUGAGUAAAUAUACAAAGGAAUCAGAUGAGCAUCGAGUUUACAGAACAAAUGCAGAUCUUUUUCAUAAAAAUUCGGAUGACGCAAAACAGAAAUUGUUCGAGCUGAUGUCGAUGCUUGAGAAACAUCGACAUUUAGAAAGAAAUAAAUCGCAACCAUCAGAACAUGAACUUGAUAAUCAAACAGAAGUCGGAGAUAGUGAAUUCCAAACAAAUAUUAUGAAUGAUUCCCAAAUGUCAUUCUGUGUCAAUACGCAACAUCAAUCAAAAUACGCAUCUCAGUUAAAACCACAUCGAAUCAUGUUAGCAGAUCAGCAAAUAGCAUCCAGUACCCCAAAUAAGAUGUCCAGCAUUAAACAAAUGAAUAUGGUUCCAUUGCAUUCACCAAUUGUGGCAAAUGAAAUAAUUCCAAGCAGUCGACGUAAUGAAAAUGGAGAAAAAUGGUAUCUAAAAUUCUUGGGACUUGAUACAGCCUACGACUUGUUUUCGGACGACUGCGAUGAAAAUACGAGAGAUACAAAAAAUACGUCUGACGAACAGAAGGAAAUAUGUGAUAAUCUUAAUAAGUCAGUUUGUGGCAACCACAGUUUCAUCGAUGAAAAAGAGGAGAGUCAAUAUACGGUAUCAAGAAUUCUAAAAAUCUGUGAAGAUGCUGAAAAAGCAAGAGGUGAUAAAUGUGAUAAAUCUUCUAUUUUGGAAUCGACACUGAAACGAAGGCGACUAUUUAUCGGAAGUGUUGAUGAUCUUUUUUGUGAAGAUUUUGAUGAUGAUAUUGUCAUAAACACACAAGCUGUUGACGUAUCACUUUCCCCAGCGGAUGACAUGCUAAACUAUGAUGUUGGAGAUGCAAUUGCAGAACAGAAAAAUUCACAAGCUUCAACAAGUUUGUUCAAAGACACCAUCGAAGUAGCAUCGUCCAAUAAAUCGCAAAAUAUUCCGAUUAAAUCGCUUACUGCUGUUAAGUCUGACGAACUUUUUUCUUCCUACAAUGAAUCAACGACAAAUAUCACCAAACACAUUCCUAAUCAAGUUGACCACGUAUCAAGUCAAAAUAUACAGACAACACCACAAAAAAGUAAUAGUACGAAUAUAUUCUCAUAUCACUGUCGAUCGCCGUCGGUUUUAAUAAAGUCAUCAAGCGUUUUAUCCCAAUUGGGGAACAAUCAAAAUAAUUUUCACCCGACAUCAAGUGAUCAACACAGUAAAUCCUCAAUGUUUGGCUCUGGCAUACUGAAAUCGGAUGUAAAUUUGAAUAGUCGUCUAGAAGAUCUCGAUGAAAUUAAAGAAAAUAUCACAUCACCAUUUAGCACGUGUCAUACAUCAGCACUACGCCAAAACACAAACCGACAAUUAGAAUUUCAAAUUGAUUCAGACUGUGAUACAGAAUUUUCCGGAGACGAGAUAUUCGCUACGUGCCAACCAAUAUCGCAACGAAAGAAAACAUCGAAUAAGGUAAAACAGAAGCGUAAAUUGAAAAACAAAUUCAAUUUCAUCGAUGACGAAGUGGCUGUGUCAGGUGACGAGUCUAGCGAUGAAAACUUCAUUGAAACUCAAUCACAGCUUAGCAUAACUGAUUAUGAAGAAGACGAUCCAUCGGUCGAUAUGCAAGCAAAAUACUUACAAUCAAUCAGGAGUCCUAUGGCUGGUCGUCGCUAUCACAUUCCCAGAGUUGUACCAAAAGUAACUCAAAGUAUAUUUUCACAGUUUGUUGCUCCAGAUCAAUCUAGAUAUGAAGAGGAUUCAUUUGUUGUGGGUAGUGAUGAAGAUACUGAUGAUAGUCAUAGUGAUGAAACAACAACGGUACCAUCGAGAACGAAGAAACGAAAGUCUGAUGAAAUUGUAUAUCCAAAGUUGAAACGGCGGCGUCGAAUUAUUGAAAUGAGCUCGGAUAGUGAAUAAAAUGUACUCAUUUAAUAUGUAAACAUGUGAUCAAGGCAUAUUUAUUAAAAAGAAGAGAUUAAUUUUUUACUCA